AGUUUCUUGAACAUUUUCGCAUUGAUGGAUAAUUUCAAUUUUUUUUCGGGUUAAAUUUUGCGAUUUUUUUCUCUUGUUUUCUACUCUAAUCUUGUGUUAAAAUGGGUUGUGCACAAUCGAAAAACAUCGAACCUGUUCGUGAAAGUUCCAACAGAACAAAGAAUCUUUCAACAGCAGAUGGUGGUGAAAAAAGCACUAGUCAAAAACCUGACCAAUCGGAAGUGUCGAAAAUGUCGAAUGUCGAAGAAACGAAAAAAGACAAUGCAUCGAAAGUAACUUCUAGUACAGCCGAUGGUAGUAGUUCCGUGGCUGGAUCAUCAUACGAUGUAGCAUCCGCUGCCCCAAAUUCAUCGAAUGCUACAAGUUCAGUGGCUCCUAGUUCAGCAGCCGGUGGUUCAGCAGUCGGUAGCUCAGCAAUUGGUAGUUCAGCAGUCGGUAGUUCAGCCGUUGCUACAAGUGAAAUGGUCAGUGCUAUGGAUACUUCACUUGGUAGUAAAAUGAGUAGCCAAAUGUCAAGUCAACUGUCUAGCUAUGCCGGAAGUAAUGUUCAGCCAACAAGUGCUGUUCAAGGUCAAUCUAUUGCCGGCGCUGGUUCAGCUAUUGGAUCGGAAGUGAGUGCUGGUAGUGCUGUUACUAGUGAGCUAAGUGGGGCAGGUGGCAGUCGUGCCCUUAGUAAAGUGGGAAGCAAAGCAAAAGGAGGAAACAAAGGAUCAAAAAGUAAAGUAGGUAGUUCAAUCGCUAGUGGUUUUGCUUCGGAAGCAAAUUCAGCCGUAUCAGCAGCAACAGGAUCACAAACUGCUUCGACCACAUUUCCGUCGCAACAAUCAUCAGCACCACAGUCAAAAGUAGGAAACAAAAAGGGUGGUUCAAAAGCUUCAUUGGCUAAAAAGAACAAAAAUUAGAUUGAUGAAAUUAAAUUUUUGAUUUUUUUUUCUU